AUGGAUGGACAGACGGAGGCCUUCCCCGAGCACGGCUUUCCCUGCAUCCCGCCGAGACAGCGGGGACCCCCAGCUGCUGCACAGGCCCCUCUCCCACCCCUGGACAGAAAGAUGGCCAGAUCCCUCACCCUCCCUCCUCUCCGCAGGUGGCAGCGGCCCGGGUGCUCCCUCCUCGCCUGCCUCGGCCUCAACUUCCUCCUGCUCACCCUCGGCCAAGCCGCCUGGUACUCAGUGCUCGCCCUCUUGGUCAUGGUGCCGGCCCUGCUGGGCUACCUGCAGGAGACGUGCCGGGCCCGGCCCUCGGAGCCAGAGCUGGUGCGCAGGAGGUACCACAGCGUCCGCCGGGAGGACCUGCGCAGGGUGCAGCUCUCCCGGCAGGAGGCCAUCGCCCAGGUCAAGAGCUUCCUGAUCCAGCUGGAGGGGCUCCUGAGCGGGAUGUGCUGCAGCUGCGAGGCGGUGUACCGUGUACUGUACUGGGAGAACCCCACUGUCUCUUCCCAGUUUUAUGGGGCACUGCUGGGCUCUGUCUGCAUCCUUUACCUGCUGCCCCUCUGCUGGGUACUGGCCAUUCUCAACAGCACCCUCUUCCUCGGCAACACCCAGUUCUACCAAGUGAUAAUGGAGCUCAAGGCCUCGAUUGAGCAGUGUGUGGGCACCAAACCCCUCGGGAGCACUCCAGAGCCUCCUGAUCCAGCUGGAGGGGCUCCUGAGCGGGAUGUGCUGCAGCUGCGAGGCGGUGUACCGUGUUUUAUGGGGCACUGCUGGGCUCUGUCUGCAUCCUUUACCUGCUGCCCCUCUGCUGGGUACUGGCCAUUCUCAACAGCACCCUCUUCCUGGGCAACACCCAGUUCUACCAAGGACCUUACCCCAGGCAGCGUGGAGGAGGCAGAAGAGGCAGAGCCUGAUGAAGAGUUCAAAGAUGCUAUCGAGGAGGAUGACGAGAGCUCUCAGUGCUCAGCAGAUUUUGAUCUCAGCCUCCCAGACAACGGUUUUAUGAGCAAAAAUGAGGUGAUCCGCAGCAAGGUGUCACGCCUGACUGAGCGCCUGCGCAAGCGCUACCCCAGCAACAACUUCGGGAGCUGCACGGGCUGUGCAGCCACCUUCUCUGUGCUCAAGAAGAGGCGGAGCUGCAGUAACUGUGGGAACAGCUUUUGCUCCAGGUGUUGUUCCUUCAAAGUCCCCAAAGCUGUGAUGGGAGCCACGGCCCCGGAGGCUCAGCGGGAGACGGUGUUUGUGUGUGCUCUGUGCAACCAGGUGCUCAGCAAGUGACUGAAACAGGCCCAGCCAGCUCCUGGGUUCUGCACUGCCUGACAGCCAGGACAGUGGGUGCCCUUGCAGCCGGGAGCCUGGGCUGCUUGGUUCCUAGCGUGGCGUCAUCCUGCCAGAGGACACUUGUGCUCUCUGCUCCUCCUGCCCAUGCCAGGCCGGGGGCAGACCAGCCCUCCUUGCCACGCAGCAUCUGCCGCACCAGCUGGGUCCCUGCGGCGGAGCAUUGCCCACAGCUGUGGCCCCAUCCCUGCAGCUGCUCCAAGCCCUGGGUGCUCCCUGGCUCUCCCUACUGUGUACUUGCCCAGGCCCUGUGGCCUGGCUCAGUGAUGGAGGAGCCAUCCUCCCCACUUGUGGUCCUACCUCCACCUCCUGGGUGGGGCAGAACAACCUCAGGGCUCUGUCCCUACCUUUCCCAGCACUGUGCUAGGUGACCAUAUUUUUGGGAUCAAGUCAGAGCUCUACCUGCAUCCCCAGGAGAUGUGGUCUUUGGUUCUGGCUCAGCUGAGACCUUGCUAGUGACUCCUGUGCCCCUCGGCCUCACUGUCUGCAGGAUUAGGCUUUUCCCCCUGCCCCCAUAUAAGGCGUAGCACAGAGGAGGCAAGAGGGUAAGUUUGGGCUGGGCUCUGUGGCCAGGUCUCUAGCUGCAGCCUGAGAAGAGGCACGAGUUGGUGCUGCUCUGUGCACUUAGUGACUGCUGCUUUCUACUACAGAUUAAUAUAUAAGUGUAUAUAGAGAACGACCAAUAAAUCUCUUGCCCUCA